AGAACAGGUGCCCGUCAUUUCCGGUUUUUGAACAAAGCAAUCUUUGUAAAUUUUAGCGUUCUUUUCCCAGCAAUUUAUUGAUUAAUUUAUGCAUAAUAUCUUGACAACACAAUUAUCACAUUCAUGCAGGUGAGAUUUUAACAAUGAUGGACCUUGGCUCUGUGAAGAAAGAUUUCAGCAAUCUUCUGUCCCAGGUCCAGCCAUGGACACUGUCACACUUUGUGAUGUGGCUGGACAUCAAAGUUGCAGAAUACAAGGUGUUUGGGCGUAUGAUAAUGGAUAAUACGCCCAAUGACACUCCCCAAUGGCUGAGAGCAAGUGCAGAUUAUCUAGAGCAGCAACAGAAAGAGGCCCAGGCGCAGGCUGCUUCUAGCGGGGACAAGGACCUUUCGCCCACUGUACCCCACAUCUCCCAGCCUCCUUUGUCGCCCCAUACAGUGCACAGCCUCGCCUCUCUACGACCAUCUCUACAACAGUUUACCUCAAACUAUGACCCACUUGCGUACCCAUCUAGUGCCAGUAUGCUUUACGCAGUUUCAACAAUGAACACUACUGUAGUGUCACCCUCCAUUUCACCAGCAAUAUCAGGUAUUAAUACAGCCCACAUGUUGACAAGUGCAACUAAAUCAACUGACACGUUUCAGAAGCCAGCAGUACCGAUAACGUCUCCAGAACUUGUAGCAUUUCAGCACGGGUCUCAGCGGAUACCACCAAUAUCUCAUCUCUCGCCAAAACAUAUCAGACAGUCACAUUUAGAGAGUCUGUCCAUGUCAUUGCCUGUGUCUCUGUCUGCUGUAAAAGAAUCUCUGUCCACUGCAGAAGUGGAGUCUCAGAUUGCCGCUUUAGAAUCACAGAUUGCUGCUGUAAACAGAAGCCUGAAGCAGUCAGCACAAGUGACUGGAAUUAUGGAAACUCCCUCGUCCUCAACCACCAGUAAAUCAGGUCGUCGAAAAGCUGACACCACCACCUACUCUGACGAGUCCUCCCCAACCUUUAUCCCACCUAUUAACCCAAAAAAAUCUCGCCAACAGUCGCCAGUGAGAGCUGUGACCUCCACAUCUGCUAGUAUGGAAGGCGCUUUGCCUCCACUGCAUGCGAGUAUGGACAUGCUUGCGAGGUUGCACAGACUUGACACAGAAUCUAUUCCAGAGUCACUUAGAUCACAAAACAUCCAGUCGACGUUAGAGGCAUUCGAGGCAUUGCGGACACAAACGUUUCCCCCUUCGUCAGUUGUGGGCGAUGUGCAAAGCAGUGCGCAUGAUAUGAGCUUGCAUCACAUGUCAGUUGACCGUGAACAAAUGGCAGCUUAUGUGAACACUGUUGAACAAGAACAGCCAUAUGGGCUGGCCGAUAGAGAACAAACAUACACUCCUUCAUCGGACACUGCUUCCAUCAACUACUCACAUCAGCAGGAAGUCAGGGUCAAAGUGGAGGCGGGUCAUUCAGAUGAGGACAGCAUGGGUGACAUCAACGCUCUCAAGGUCAUGACUCCUGACAUUGGGGGUCAGGCUGAGGUGGGAGAUGGGCAGGAUGACGGGGCAUAUCCUGUCUCCAUGUAUGCUGUGGGAAACAACGGCCAGGGGAACACUGAUGAGAAACUAGCAGCAGAAAUGUCUACCAAGAAAAUGCGGCGGAAAUUCUUAGAGUCAAUGAAAAACAGCAACCCUAAAUAUUAUUCCCAUCAGAUUCAACAGAUUAUACCUUUUCCAGAUAAAUUCCCUGUGGCAAAUUUGGAUUAUGGACUAAAGGCGCUGCAGAUGAUUCAGACUGGUGAGAUCACUCGUGCUGGCAAAAUACAGCUGAUAGAUACAAUAUUCCAUGAACUGAUCAAAUAUACUGGCCUCUACCCUACCCCUACCCAGAAAAUGGCUGUGGCAAAUGCAAUAGUGGAAACAUUUCCCACUCUUGCUGCCAAAAUGAAAGCAAGCCACAUUUCUCCAGCGGAUUCCUGGUAUGUGAUUCUGUGUGACAAGUUCCGGAACGAGCGCCGUGGGCUGGGUGGUGUUGGGGCCUCUCCCAGGGUGGGGAAAGGCAAGCGGGACCACCAGGACCAGCACGCUAUCGCCCUAGCAACUGACCACCAGGUAGCCAUGGAGACCGCAGAGAUGUCACAAGGUCAUGUGGAGGAGAUGGCCUCCAACAGCAUGGCUUCCCAGUCUGCAGUGACGCAGGCAGCAGUAGCUGAGGAGACUGGUUCCCAGUACUCGCAGGCGAAUGCUUUACAUCCUGGGUACCAGCAUGGAUACACACCUGCACAGAUGAGUGUACCCAAGGACAAUGCUGUCACGGAUCUUACCACGGACGAUGACGAGGAAGAGGCGGCCGCCAUGUUGCAACAAGCGGCAGAGGCUGAAAAGGCUCUACAGCAUCUAGAACACAGCCGUCAGCUGUCCGAGAAGAAAAGAUCUGUGCGUCGGAAAACGCACUCUCCAAAGCGUGUUCAGAAGGCUCCAGAGAUGCCGAUCCUGGACGAGCGUUACGCGGCCAGUCUGCUGGAGUACUACAGCAAACACAAGCCGUACUACCCUGUAGAUACGGAGUUCAACAAGCACAUGGAGGAGGAGGCUGCCAAGGCACAGGAGGCAAUGAGUGAGGGAGGUACGGCAGUCAGCAAUGCCCUUGCGCAGGCUGUUGCCAACCAGGCAGCGGUCAGUCAGGCCAUAGCGCAGGCAGUGGCCAGUCAUGCAGUGGGCAGUGAUGAGCCGUACAGCGCAGAGGUGGCAGCUAUUGUACAAAACGUGGUCAGCGCACACAUGGAUGAGGUCCUGGCAGCUAGAAACUAUCAAGUUGGUCCAGAGCUUGGUUUUCCACCCUUGAAUGCGAGCCAACCACCGGAGGUUGAGGGGACGGUGGAGGUGAAAACUUCCAAGAAGAAACUGAAGGUCAUACCUCAGAAGGAGCGAACACCAGAACAACAGCACCUCACACUGCACAAGUUCAGACAAAAGCUAGCAGUGACCUACCCGGGGGUACAGGCUGUUGACGACUGUACACUGCUGUGCACCUGUGGAUCCAAGGUGAAGUUAGGAAGGGCACGGAUGCUGCACAACUACUCCAACUAUCACCUGAAGCGCUGCAACAACCCUCCCAUCACAGCCUGCCACGAGGCAAUGUCCCCUUCAAUGUCUUUACACGGUAUGUACACUGGGCAGGGAUCCCCAGGGGAGAUAAACAUCCCAAACACGGGGCCCAAGGUGAUUGCCAAGGAGCUGGAAAGUGUGGCAUUUGCAGGGCUUUCGGCCGCUGACCGUGAAACCAUUCAGAAACAUUUUCUUCUGAACGUUCCCAUCCCGUCAUCUGAUAACACUAUUGUUGCUGGUUCAACAAGCACCUCCUCACCGACACAGAGUUUGGAUUUAUCUAUCCCCGGUUCAGGGCACAGUGUUUUAAAUACCCCUCAUUCAGGAACGGAGCCAGGCGAAUUGAGCGGCGGCCAUAAUGGAUCGUCUUCAUCAACAUCUGAUCACAGUUUAUCGGAUUCAGGUGACACCAGGUUGAGUAACAGUGUUUUAAACGUGCCCCUACCAGGGCACCCCUCAAGUAUGUUCAGAAAUUCUCGAGUAAUUUCUGAAAGCCAAUCAAAAGAAUCAAACAAUAGUGCUUUGAGUGCAGUGUCGUUAAUGAACGAGUCUCAAUCGUUAGAUCUUACUGUGCAUAGUUCAACAGGACCUUCUGUUCUAAUCGAACACCAGCCAGGCACGGAUUUGCGGGUACAAAUUCCAAGUUCAAUUGCAACUAGCAUUGCAGAGUACAGUGGUGAGUUGCCUGAUCUCUCGGCGAUGAAUGCCCUUGCUUUGAUUCAGGGGAAGUCGGAUCAACCAAUGUCCGGAACAAAUGAUCAUGGUGCGGAAACAGCCAAUGAGGAGCCAAUUAAUUUGGCUCAUACGUAGUUGUUAUUUAUAAACAUUUUAAACAGAAGAAACAUUUUACUUCAACCAUGCCCAAAGACAUGAUAUAACCAAUUAAAUUUUGUUUUUGUUUUUUUCACUUGUUACUUAUGUGACUAAUAACUGUUGUGAUAUUACAUGUGUGCUAUAAAUCAAUGGACCCCUUUCUCAUUUUCAGUGUACAUACAUUUAAUGUGUUAUGACAAGUUUCAUUAUCAUAUAGAUUCAUUUUUACAUUUUAUAUUGUUUAAGGGUUGUAUAAGUGUCAUGAUGAUUUCAUGUUAAAGAAUGUUGAACAGCAAAAAUACUGUCGGUCUUGAUCUUUGUGUAAUAACUGCAGUUCAUGUAGAUUACAUGCAUACAUGUACAUUUCAAAAUUACAGGAAUCAAAAAUUGUGUAAUACUUAUAGGAUCAUACAUUGUUUUAAUACUGUACAUACAGCUUAUAGAAAUGUGCUUGUAUUUUGUUGGUUGUUUGUGGGAUGUAUUUUCAUCAAAAUGAAUUAUUUUGAAUAAAAACAAAAAUACUCCUCAAAGAUUUAGGUGGACAUUGUUGGUAGAAAACAUAUUUCUGAUGUUGCUUUAAAGCAAUUUUUAACAGUAUUUUUACAAUUGUUAGCUUUGCAAAAUCCUUUUUUCGUUUAAAAUAUCAUUUGCCAAAAUAUGUCAAUAUAUCAGAAACAUUUGUCAUUUAGUUUAAACUAAAGAAUCACACUUAUAAAAUAAUACAAGUCUGUUUGUUUAAGGUUUAUGUAUAUAAUUGAUUGUAGAUAUCUCUCAUCUGUUGCUGAGUAUUUAAGCUAUUUGCUUUAAAUGUUACAUGUUUGUUUUAUUGUAAAGUAGUAUUAAAUUGUUUUUGGUAUAUCUUGUAUUUUAGUCACUUGUUAGAUUUGUACUGUUUAAAAAAAUAUGACCAAGAAAAUGUACUAUUCAUGAGACAGUUUUAAAAGCUCUUGUAAGUUACAACUUAUUGUCAAGUUAGGAUUCUCGCUAAGUGAUUCUCACAACUUUAAGGGACUUGUUUAGGUUUCGGUAAAUAACAAUUUUUGCAAAAACAAUUGUCACAUUUUAACAAGAAUAUAUAUAUUAUAUUCAAUCGAAAUAACACCUGAAAAAUGAUCAGAUUGUUGCAUAAUGCUAAAUAAAAAUUGUUAAAUAAUGCCGGUCAUGGAUAACUGUAUAACACGCUUGAGUUGCGUUUUUGUAACAAUUGGUUUGUUUUCUAUAGGUCCCAGAUUUUUAUAUCUUGACAGUAUUUUAAUUAGACCUCUCUCUUAAUAGUAAAUUAUUUCAGACUUUUAAAUCAUAUGUAUUUGUGAGUAAGUAUUUUGUGUAACUUACGCAGAUCUUUGAAAAUGUCUGUUUAUUGUUGAGCGUUUUUAUAAUAUGAUUACAAGUGUUACAAAUCCUAACUACCGGUAACUGAUGAGAGUUUAUAGAAGAAGCCUCCUGUUACUUUUGGAAGUUACUGUUCAAGUCUUUGAAAGUUCAAAUGUUAACAGUUGUGUGUAUUGUGUAAUAUUACUACAAACAGUGUGUGCAAUCAAUGUUGGGAGAGUUAACAAAUCUAUUCCUGGGGAAUAUUUAUUAGCAGAAUUAUUCAGCAUACAAUACAACAAAGAUGUUUUCAACUUAGUCAUGUUUUGAUAGAAUUCCUGCUUGUUUUUUUUACACAGUGCUGCUUUGACAACAGAAUCAAAUAGUUACAUUUUAAUUUCUAAUAGUCUAAAGAGUUGUUUUCUGGUUUAAAUGAAUUGAAGGCCAUUAGUUGAAAUGAUUAAAAAAAACAUGUGAAAUCUACUUGAGAAUUUGUAUGCCCCCGGAUCGAAUGAUCGAAUGUCCCAAAAGUUUAACCUUGGUCAUAACUUUAGCAAUAUUGAUGAUAGCAACUUGAUAUUUGGCAUGCAUGUGUAUCUCAUGGAGCUGCACAUUUUGAGUGGUGAAAGGUCAAGGUCAUCCUUCAAGGUCAAAGGUCAUCCUUCAAGUUCAAAUAUAUGGCCUCCAUGCCGCGCAGUAGGGGGCAUUGUGUUUCUGACAAACACAUCUCGUGUUUGUAUUGAAAAUUGUUUGUACUAAAGAAAUUAUAAUUUACUGAUUUCUUGUCUAGAAAGCCAUGGGUUUGGAUUUUUCAAGGCAUGGGCGCGUCAAUAAACAUAAAUGGCGCUGUCUUUAAUAUGUUCAUGUCUUGUUGGAGGCAUUAUAAUGAUGGAAAGUACCGGUAGAUCAAAUAUGAAAGCAUAUGCUUUUAACAAAAAGCCUUUGCUAUAAGUAUUGUGAAGUAAUAGUUGAAGUUGACUUUCAAAAUUGUGUUUAUAAUUUUAUUUCGUCUUCUGUAGUUUUUGUUCAUGAUUUAUUGACAAAGUUAUAUUUACCAUGGUAAACCACACACUUUUGUGCCAUUGAAGUUUUUUCAGCUCACCUGAUUGCUCAGGUGAGCUUUUGUGACCGGUCUUUGUCCGUCGUACGUCCGUCCGUUAACAUUUGUUCGUAAACACUCUAGAAGCCACGUUUAUUGUCCGAUCUUCAUGAAACUUGGUCAGAAGCUUCGUCCCAAUGAAAUCUCGGUUGAGUUCGAAACUGGGUUGUGCCGGAUCAAAGACUAGGUCACUAGGUCAAAAAAAGGAAAAAACUUGUAAACACUGUAGAAGUCACAUUUCAUGCCCAAUCUUCAUGUAACUUUGUCAAAAUGCUUGUCUUAAUGAUAUGUUUGUUGAGUUCAAAAGUGCUUCCGGUCCGUUGAAAAACAUGGCCGCCAGUGGGCGGGGCAGUUUUCCUUAUUUGGCUAUAGAGAAACCUUGUAAACACUUUGGAAGUCACAAUUUUUGCUCAAUCAUCAUGAAAGUUGGUCAAAACAUUGGUUUUAUUGAUUUCUCGGACGAGUUCUAAAAUGGUCCAGAUCGGUGAAAAAACAUGGCCACCAGUGGGCGAGGCAUUUUUCUCUAUAUGUAAUUAGUGAAAACAUGUGAACACUCUAGAAGUCACAUUUUUUGCCAAAUUUUCAUGAAAUUUGGCAGAACAUCUGUUUCCUUGAUACGAGAGUUGAGUUGGUUUCCCGGUCAGUUGAAUAACAUGGCUGCCAGGGGGGGGGGAGCAGUUUUCUUAUAUUUAUAUAGUAAAAAAAGCUUGUGAACACUAGAAGUUACAUUUUUUGCCCAAUCUUCAUGAAACUUGGUGAAAAGAUUGGUUUUAUAUAUAUCUCAGAUGAGUUUGCAAAUGGUCCCGAUGGCGCAAUAAACAUGGCUGCCAGGGGGGUGGGGCAGUUUUCCUUAUGUGACUUUAUAGAGAGAAACCUUGUGAUUGAACACUAUAGAAAUCACAUAUUUUGCCUAAUCAUCGUGAAACUUAGUCAAAACAUUGGUUUUAUUGAUUUCUUGGAGAAGUUGGAAAAUGGCUCAGAUCUGUGAAAUACGCUUUUUAGCUCACCUGAUUGCUCAGGUGAGGUUUUAGGAUUGGUCUUUGUCCGCUGUCCGUUUGUCCACAUUGGUUGGUAAACACUCUAGCAUUCACAUUUCUCAAGCAUUCUUUAUCAAAGUUGCUGAAAAAUCUCAGUAAAGUUUGAUGAUGAGCAAAAUCACAUAAUGCCAUAAUUAUUGCCCUUAGAUUGUCCAAAUUUUCAUUAUAUUAUACAAAAUCCUUGUAAGCAAAGUUUGAUGUUUGGUAAGGGGGGUCAACUCAAAAUAUAGGUCACCAUUUCAAAUCUUACAAAAACACUCCCUAAGCCAGAGUUUUGGUUCAAUAAUGAUGAAACUUGACCAGGAUGUUUGUCUGGUCAAUAUCUAGGUCAAGUUUGACAUUAGGUAAAGAUUGAAUGAACCGACUCCUCUCAGGUGAGCGAACUAGGGCCAUCUUGGCCCUCUUGUUUAAACAAGUACUGCAACCAGUCACAGGUUGACCAAUAUGUGUGAUAGGGUUUGGUGUUUUAAUCAAAUCUUAUAAUUGUAUUCAAAAAUUCAUUUAUUUUGACAAUAAUUAAACCAAUAUUGCUGCUG